AGGCGGGACAGGGAGAGGGGAGAGGAGGGGCGGAACCGCCCCCUCCCCUCGUCCCGUCCCGCCUCCCCCCGCCCUCGGGCUCGGCGCCUCCCGGCUGCCGCGGCAGCUGAGCGCGGCGGCCCCAGCCGCCACCCGAGGGGUCUUGCGGAAGGCACCCGGAGAGUGAUGGGUCCUGCUGGGAAGAGCUUUCUGAUGGCACAGCUGUGAGUGAAACCAGCACAAUAUGUUCAGUGUCGAGGACCUUCUGAUUUCUCAUGGAUACAAAUUGACAAAAAAUCCCCCUGUUUCACAUGAGAAUAGAUAUGAUGGAUACCGGCAUGAAAUCACGGGGAACAGAUCCGCUCAGAGAACGCUGAAUGGGUUUGAGGCAGAAUCAAGAGCUGGAGCUUACAGCAAGAAACCUCUGGUAAAAAUCAACUCGAGCAGCACUGAAAGCAGCCAUGGGAGCCAAGGGAGGCAAGCAGGUCCUGGUUACCACCAUGACCUUCAGGGGUUUAUGACAGGCCUCAAUUAGCAUGGUCUUCCCAGCCCAAGACUGAUAAAGAUCUUGCCUACUGGAGAAGACGAGGACAGGACUUCAGUGUGCUCCUGGGCUAUUCCCAGAAAGGCUGCAUGGAAAUGAAAGGCCUGGCGACAGCCCCAGGGGCACCCCAGCAGCCCAGGGAGAGUCACCUGAAGGUGGGGAUGGGUCCAGGGUAUGUCAGAAGAAGUGGCUUGCAGGAGAACUGCGAAGCGCCCGGCGACUGCAAAUGGCAAAGUCUGGGAAUGGAAAGCUGGAACCAGCCAAAAAAGGUAGGGAGGCAAAUGUCUGAGGGUGACAGGGAGAAACUACUUCACGAGCUGUAUUCACUGACCCUGGGAGACAACGUACUGAGCACCCACAAGGGGAAAUCGCAGUCCUUGCCCAGGGUCCUUUCACCAGAGAGUAUGAGGUGCGUGGAAAUGCCUGCCCUGACCAACAGCAACAACUCACUCACUGUAACUAAAGCCCCCUCCUAUCCCUCAAACAGACUGAGUGUGGAACCAGUCAAGCACCAUGAAACGGGAGGCCAUUUCCUUCCCCUUGUGAAACCCAAGUAUGGGAGACCUCUGAAGCCUCCGUCCUAUGAACUGCAGCGGCAGACAAGGGCACCUGCAGAAACCAUGGGUUUUCAGGACCACUACCAGAAAGAUGAAUCUGUCCCCUACUUAGCCAAAGUUAAUGAGCCAAGGCAAGAUGUUUGCAUUCAAGACCCUGGUUUGGAGCCCCCAGUCUAUGUACCUCCUCCAUCCUACAAAUCCCCAUCUCACCAAAACUUGACCCCACGUCCCCUCAGUGAAGUGCCUAACAAUGAGGCGUACGCCAGCAGCAACCAGCAGGGCCCUGUGGAGCAGGUUGUCCCCUGCCAACGAUCAGCUGUGAAUACCUUUGAAGCAGGGAGUGGCCCUUGCAAAGACAACCAUCUUACUCAUGGGAAGCAAAGCCAUGUGAGGCGUCCUGCUGAUUACCUGCGUUCUGUUCAGUAUAUUCCCUUUGAUGAUCCUCGGAUACGACACAUUAAAAUUGCACCACCGGAAGGUCUGCAGGACAACAGUAAAUACACUGAGAAUGCAUCCAGUCCCAGUUCUGGUGCUUUGCAAGAGAGAGAUCUUGAAGUACAGUACAACAGUGCCUUCUUGGAUGCAUCUAACUUGCCCAUUUCUGCAAAGGGAGAAAGAACUUCCGACAGCUCCACCAACAGCAACAGAUGGUUGGCACCAUCCAUCCAAGAUCAGGGAAAUUGUGCCUUGCCGGACCAAAGAGAUAGUUGUAGCACAACUAAUCACAGCCCCCAUAACAAAACCAGCACAGAGUACACAAAAGGCAAACUUUCUGUAACAAAUUCACAUAUGGACAGCACCUGUGAGACUGUUACAAAAGUGAAAAAGUUUGAACCUGGAACCGGGAUGCAGAGCAAAAAGAGUUCAAAGAAAAAAAUGAAUGAAACUAUAUUUUGUUUGGUCUCUAUCCCAGUGAAAUCAGAAUCCAAUCUGCCAGAUACAGAUAGGAACAACAACAUAACCCAGAGCCCUGAUAAGAACGGGUUUGAUAACAAUGGGGCUUUGCAAGAACAAAGUCUCUUAAGUAUGUCUUCAACAGACUUGGAGUUACAAGCUCUUACAGGAAGCAUGACCAAUAAAAAUGAGUUACAAAAACAAGAGUUGUGGAGACCAGAAGAGUUCAAACAAAUGAAUGACCUCAGAUUUAUUCAGCCUACAAAACACAGAGAGCUCAAAUACUCUGGCUCCUGGCCAGGUGAUCAGUACAAAGACCAGCAGACACAGACAAGUUUCUCUGAAGAACCUAAAAGCCCACAGUUUUUCCAUGGUACAAAGCCUGAGCAGCCCAAUAGUAACCAACUGUCUCCGAAGCUCCCAGGGUGUAUGGUAUCCACGAUAGGGUCUAAACAGGCAGGGCCUGAUGAGAGAAUCUGCAGACAGAAUGCUUAUGGCAUGAAGGGUCAGAUGUACCUCAACCAGUCUAGCAACAGUGCAUUUUCCAGGACUGCCACCUCAGUCCUUCAGGCUCACUCCCCAAAAGCCCAUCAGAGCCAGCCUGUGCCUGCCCAGGAGAGGGAAAAUGGCCUUCUUUCCAAAGGAGAUAUAGUUAAGGGAGAAGCAGGUGCUCCCUGCAACAGUAAAGAGCUGUUUGGGCAGUUCCUAUUGAAGCCUGUAAGUCGCCGUCCCUGGGAUGCUAUAAGUGAGCUAGAAAGUUUUAACAAGGAGCUGCAAGAGCAGGAGGAGAGCACAAGCAGUGAAGAUGAGUUGGAAAGUGUUACAGCUUCUCUGCAGGCAGGUGCCUUUACACAGAGUAGGGCAUCCAGAAAUGAGAGGCCGAGCCAGGAGGAAAGUUGUGUUGGGAAAUUUGAAACAGUUGUACCAGAGGUGCCUGCAUUUAAGUCAGGAAGAGUUAAAAGUAAGUCUGAAAGUUGGAGUGUGGAAAUGGAGCAUGGCAGCAAGCUGGGUUGCAUUGGCUCUCAAGGCUCCUCAAAGCCAGGAGGGAGCAGUGAAGGAGUUGGGCCAGCAGAUGGAAGUCUGAUAACAGAAAUGAGGACAGGGGAAGCCAAGAGCAGAACCAACAAGCAGCUAGUGCAUAUGGGCCCUCUGGAGAAAGUUUUGUCCAGUAGCCCAAACAAUUCAUGUCACAGCAAUCCUUUCAAUAACCCUGUCUUGCAGGAGAUGAGUGAAGACCAAAAUUACCUAGACUUUGUUAAACUGAGUAAAGGUGCAACUCCCACAAAUGACACAGUAUUAGAGAGAGGCUCAAUAACACGCUUGUCACUAACAAAGAGGAACCAAGGGCACUCUGAGCCAGAUCUGAGGUCAGUGGGACUUGAUGUAACUUCAGGACCCGGUGCUAACAAUUCUGACCACUCUUCAAAUGCAAAUGCAGUGGAAAUCCCUGUGAAUGAGUCACUGCAGGCAAGAGCUGCAAGAAUUUUAGGCAUAGAUAUAGCAGUGGAGUCUCUCCUUCCAGAUGACAAGGUUGGGCCCCUCUCAGGCCCAGCAAAUGGUGCCCAGGACUCUGAGUCAUCAGUGGGCAGCACAGUAAGUGACAAAGAAGGAAAAAAGGAUGUUUCCUAUGAAGGCAGGCGAAAGUGUGGCUGGACAGAGAGUGCUCUCUUUGUCAGAGUGGGAGGCCGAUCUUCACACCCUGUUGAACACCAGACCACUCAACAGGAAACCAGUGCUAAAACAUUGGUAACUGAGCCAGUUCUUGAACAGCCUACGAGUUCAAGCCAACCUGAGGAUCAAAACUUGGUUUGCAAGUCAGCUGCGUAUCAGCAUUCAGAAAAGAAAGUGAGAAGCACUUCGAAAGUGAUAGAGACACUUCAAGGCAAGCUGACUUCUCCACCGAGCCGGACUGCCAUGGAUCGCUUGGUGCGGAUGAAAGAAGUGGAUUCGGUGUCCCGGAUGAGACGUUUGAGCAUUAAGAGUGCAGAUUCAGGAGAGGAGGUGGAUGAGGAGAAGCUGUCAAGGGUACAGGAGGAGAGAGGAAGCAAACUGGCAAGCUCAGGGGCUGUUUCCAAGCGUAUUAUCUCUCUCAGUGAAAACGGAUAUUUAAGUGGAAUAGACAAGAAGAAGACUGACAGAGAUUUUUCUUUAGAAACGUAUGACCCCACCAAAGUUGAAAAGGUGUGAGAUGAAUGAAGAGGCGAAUAGAGAUUUCUGCUCUACUAAGAAUGUUUCACCGAUUUUUUUUUUUUUCUGGAUGGUUUUUGUUUGUUUUUUGUUCUUUGAUGCUUGGAAAUUGCCUCCAUUUGUGGUGUUCAUGGUGUACUGAUAAUGCCUUUACCACUGCCACUAGGAAUUAGCUAUUCGUGUCUGAAACUAUUGCAGAAAACACAGAAAAAUCUGACUUCUACAUUGGAACCAUCUGGCUUUGUAGUGUUAAGACUUAAUACCUGCCGCUGGCAAAGAGUUUUUAUCUAAACUCUGUUUCAGUCUUCAGCAGGGAUGAUGAAAUGCAUGAAAUGAGGCUUUUGAGCUUUCUCUUUGGUGUAAAUGUAAACGUGGGAGAUUAGUGAAAUGAUUUUUAAAAGAAUGUGAAUUUAUAAGCUAAACUUCUAAGUAUCUACAGUCUAAACUUUGUUUAACUUAAGGGAUUUUUGUCCAUAAGUAGAAAGUGCUGCUGCACUACAUGGGGGAAGGAAUGCAAGAGAAUGGUAGCAAAGACUGAUUGUGAAUUUAUUUCUGACUUCCAGAGUUUGAAUUUACUCAGAUUAAUACUUACUUGCCACCUAGAGAGAAGAAAAUGAAAAACCCCAAGGUUCUAAAAGAUGGAAGACUUUUGUAGUCGUGUACAGAACGUGUAAUUACAGUAGCUGGCAACUAGGGUUUCAAACCAAUGCAAAGUAUACCACUGGCUGUUUUGCACUCAGUAUUACCUAUUUUUGUUUUGCUGUUUAGAAAUUCUUUAUAUGAAAGAAUAGUAGCUGGUUUAAAAUAGCCCAUUUUAACAAAGUAACUAUAUUUCUUGUUACAGAAUACUAUCUAUUUUUCUAUGAUGUAAACAAUUGCUAACAAGUGGCAAGUAUAAAGAAGUAUUAAUAUUAUUAUUAUAUUUUAAGAAGACUUAUCCCUCUGACUGAAGGUGCCCCAAGGAGAUUUCACUUGUAUAUCUUAAUGCACAUUCCAUAUUGCCACAUACUCUGUAGUGCUACCUUAUUUUGUUCUCAAAAGAGCCAUCUGUGUAUGUUUGUUUGUACAAGAGGGUUAAUUUCUACUUUUUUCCCACUCAACCCUUGGAUUAUUCUUGUUGGAGCCCCUUUCUGAAACACAGCUGAGAACUAUCUGGGCUAGUGCUGCUGCCAUUACAUUCCAGUGACAGUGAUUACCAAAAAGUGGGUUUGCAUCUUUGUCCCAGUGUCUCUGAGGUGCUCAGAUAAAAUACCUGUUUUCUUUCUUUUACUUUGUUCCGUUUUAGAGAUUAUGGGUUUGGAUUAGGCCCGUCUAUAAAAAUUAACAAAACUGAGUUUAAUUCUUCCCUGAAUGCUGGGAAGGAGUUUAGGUGUCUUCUUGACAGCGAAGAAAUGGCUUUAAGUAUAUUUUAUCUGCACAUACAAAUGCAUGAAUUACAGAGUUUGUAAUAAAGCCUAUGCAUUCUGCUCUUUGAUACUGGAUUAGCUUGUAUAGUAUCUGUGUCUUAAAACCCUUUAUGUCCACUCCAGUGUUUUUUUGUGAGUACAUGUAUACUAACAUCCUUCUGAUUAUUUGUUCAUGUAUAUCAGCAGUCUACUCUGUUUUUUAGAAUUAUUAUUUUUUUUAAAUCUCUAAUUUCUUGGCGUAUUUUUUCCUAAGUCUAUAAUUUGGAAAGAAUGACAGGGAAAAACACUCAUCCUGUGUUUUGGCAGCAAGAGUUUCUUGUCUGUAACACAUGAUUCUGUUACAUAUGGACUAUUUAAAGCUUGUUUGAAAAGAAAAUGUGGCGUAUAUUUUAUUUCAUUAACUCUUGUGCAUGCUGUGUAGCAAUACUUGUUGACAAACUGUUCCCCACACUCUUACUAUAUCCACCUUUCUUCAAAACCAUCUUCAAGCUAGUAAAUAGCUACAAAAUGUGUGAUCCGUCCCCCACUCCAACUCUGCCCAUAUAAAGAAACAACAAACAUUUAUUAAAAAGAAUUCCUUCAACUCUCAUCAUCCUACUUACCAGUAAAGUUGAGUAUGCAUGGCAGUAACUUGGAAGUUUUAAUUAGUCCUUGAUUUAUAGAGAACAGUAAAUUGUCCCAUAUAACCAGUCCUGCUACCUUCAGUUCAUGUCUCUGUGGAAAAAGAGUUCUCUGUGCAUUUUAUGUGGGGGUUAAUUGAUUUUGCAAUGUGUCUGUUUCAUCAGUUAUGUCAAGCACUUACUUUUCCAACACACAUAAAUAACUAAGAUCUUAAAAAAGAAAAAUAAAAUUAAAAAAAAAAAACAAAAGGAAAACAAUAAGGAAAAAGGAAUAUUUCAGAGAAGAUUUUAGACUCUUUAUUGGCUAAGAAUGAGAAAUCAAAACCUAGAAAGGUUGUAAGCUUUGUUUUGCAGUAGUAUGUGACUGACCAGUGAAUGAAAGACUAGAGUUCAUACUGCUUUAAAAACUCUGUAUUCCUCUAACAGCAUUGGCUGUUUCAUUUCAUACUAUGUUACAGACAACUAAGAAAUUCAUACAGUACUGUUUAUGAAUUAUUGUGGCUCAGUGUUUCUACAGUACCUGUAAUGUUGCUAUCAAAAUGGGCUGGAUACUUUCAUAGCUGAACACCUUUCCAGAAACCACCAGUUGCCAACAGCAGUCAACAGAAAGCUCUUUUUACACCUAAUGUAACAUAGAAUUAUAUAGAUUGGUUUGGGUUGAAAAGAACCUCAAAGAGCAUCGAGUUCCAUCCCCCCUGCAUGGGCAGGGACACAUCCCACUAGACCAGGUUGCUCAAAGCUUGAACACUGAUGGGGGAGGGGAACAUCCACAACUCCUCUGGGCACAACUCUGCCAGUGUCUGAUCACCCGUAUAGUGAAGAUGUAGUUAAAAAACAGUAAAUGGUGACUUUCAGUGCCUGUCUCAAUGAGUGCAUAAAACUUCGAUGGCAACAGCUGUCACUGCUAAUGGCAACAGCAGGAGCUCAGGGGUGAUGGGAGGCAGAGGGAGGUGAUGGGCUGUUUCCAGUGUCUCCUCGAAUGCAGUUGAGUGACAGCAGCGCAGCAGUGAGGAACUGUGCACUUAUCUUUAGUCUCAGAAGGAAGAGUGGAGCUAGAAUCCCAGAAACCAUGUUGUUACAAGCUGCUGUGCAUCCAGAUUAUGCUGCUGCAAGAUUGCUGCAGCUGGGGAAGCAGGCGUUGGAUGCCAGGUUACCAAAGUGCUUGAUUGGGAAGAUACUGGUAUCACAAGAAUCCUCAGGAAUUCAUGCAAAAAUCCCAGGCCUGGUUUAUACAUUUAAAAAAUGUUUAAGAGGGAGACUCCUUAAGAGAUGAAUAGCUAAAUAGGACCUGUCAUCUCCUUCCCAUUGAACCCAGAAUGGGUAACCAGAGGAUGGAGAUGAAGAUGCUCGAGGUAAUAGUGGCAAUAAGCUGGUGGCCUCGCUAAGGCUCCAGGAAGAUACUCAACGACCCAAUGUUUCAGGCUCUCCUGACUGACAAGCAGAGAAGGGUCCCAGCCCAGCCCGGCAGUCCAGGGAGUGCCCCGUGGGCGGGCGGCAGCGCUGGGGGUUGGGAGGGCAAAGCGCUCCCCCCCGCGGCACCGGUGCCGGUCCCACCAAGAACCGCUGGUUCCGGAGCCCUCUCCAGCCCCCAUGCUGGAGGCCUUUUGAAUGGGAUGGAAGUGUGGUCUGAGAAGAGCUUUGAGGUCUGUGUUUCAAACCCCCCUGGCCUCCCAGCUAAAAAGGGUGGGGUGGGGCCGGCAAAGGAGAGGAAUCCCUUUGGAUGAGACAGGAUGACCGAGAAUGGAAAUGCCUGGUGAUGUCCCUGACUAAGUGUCUCUUGUUAGCUACUGACUCAAGAAACCUUCUCAGGACACAAGAGCUGUUGUAUUUCAUGCCACAGGUUUAUUUUCACUGCAAACAACUCUAUCAUGGAUCGAAACCAUCGAGUUUCCUUGACUCAGAUCCUGGUUUUGGGAGCAAACAGUCUGUAUACCAACACAUCCAUCCAAUAACGCUUGAAAGAAGGACAGCAUAUGCUUAGAGUGGUAAUGUAACAGCAUUAAUCUGACAUGCUUAGAAAAUAACCAGUCCCAUCAAGCUCAUUCACAUAUAAUGACAGGAAUUUAGUAAAAUGUUUGUUUACUUAAUAUCAUAAAUCAGUAUUAAUAUCUAGGAUCAACAUUCUGUUGCCUUUGCAUGUGGAGAGCCAGCUGAAUGCUAGCUUUAUAGUACUCAACCUUCUCUUUGGGUUAAAAUAUUGGUAUUUUCUUCAGUGCCCCUUUUCUAAGGAAAAACAAGUGAAGAGAGAAGGAGAAAAGUGCAAAUGAAAUGUCUUUGCAUUUUAAAUGUCAGAAGUUCUUGCAAUUGCAACGUGGGUGCUUCUGUCCAGGUUCAAGAUCUGACAGAGGCAAGUAUUUGUCCGAGGUGAAUCUUCAUUUGACAGGAACCAUCAGCUCAAAGAAAAGAGACAAAACAGUGUUAAAAGGAACGGAAAGAACUGACAGCUUGUCAUCCUUCUGAAUAUUUUCUGUAAAGCUGUUCUUUUGGAGGACAUGGUAUUUUCUUGGUUGAGGAUCAAACAAUCCCCUGAUUUCCCUCCACUGGCAAUAAGCCAUGAUGCUGCAGUCCUAAUUUACUGGAGUAAAUCUAUUACAAGUGGAGUCUAAAAAGUUUAAAAUUCUAUUCUUCUGCAUAAUCCAAAUAAAAGAUCAAGCUGAAGAUUUUGUGAGAUGAUGACUGUAUCACUGAAUUUAUUAGAAAAGUUGGGAAACUGUGAUUUAAUUCUUACUCAAACUUGCAUGAAAAUGUUCACUGCAACUCCCUCUGGGGGCUAAAUGAAAGCUGUUUACCAUCAACUCUAUUUUUAAAGAAAAAAAUGUUUCAAAGAAAGAAAAAGGGAAAUCCUGGUAUCAAUAGCUAAGCCCCAAACCACAACACUACCUCCCACCCAUGCUGAAAAAUAUGUUUGCAAUAUGGCUUGCAGAGCUGCACAGCAGGGAGAGGGUGAAGGGA